CGGUCCAAAAUUAAAAUACCUUAUAGUCUUCUUUUCACAAACUACAAAAAUUAAACUCAAUGUCAAUUAAAAACAUAUUAUGGCUUGUACUUACAGUACAAUUGUGUUUGAGAUUUGGUUGCUUUGCAACUAUUCACAGACAUGAGGACUACAACAUCAAUGAUGACGGAUCUGUAAAUCACCAGAACUGGAAACGUACUGAAAUGAUGGACAACAAUGGCUUCUAUUGGCUCAAAUGGUGGAUAUUGGUUAACGAAAGUACUGUUUAUUUCGAAGUAACUGUAAAUACUCGAGGAUUUGCUGGCCUUGGAUUUUCUAAGGAUGGCAGUAUGGAUGCGGCAGACAUUGUACUUUUGUGGGUUGAUGAUAACACCGGACAAGCGAAUGCUCUGGAUUGUCAUGGAACGCAGUACUCACGGAGUGGACUUCUAGUAAAAGAUGAUACACAAAACUAUUAUGUCAUAGAUGGUUCCCAAAAUACCACACAUACAAACUUAAAGUUCAAACGUAAAAUUAACACUUGUGACCCUUUUGAUAUUAUAUUUACGUCAGAGACUUUGAAAGUACUUUGGUCUAUUGGAAAAUCGGAUCCCAUACACGGAAACUUACAAUGGCAUGGAUUGAAGACAAGCGUUAAAGCAUUGAACCUAUUUUUUCCAACGUUUACAAAAAAAAAUGUUGACUUACAAACAUGGGACGUAACAGUGAGUAAUGUAACAAUAACUGAAUCAAUGGAUACACUAUAUUGGUGUAAAAUAGUACGUCCACCUAAGUUAAUUAACAAACAACACAUUGUUGGUUAUGAGGCUCUGUUUUCUGGUUUGAGUAAGUUCAAUACUAACUAUAUUCACCAUAUGACACUCUUUGAGUGCCAGUCCAAAUUGUAUCUUGGAUCUAAUCCUUCAUCGUGGGAUGUUUGGGUUAAAAGUUCCGGUACAGUUUGCAAUAACAACCUACUGACUCCACGGGAUUGGGAAUCUUGCUCCACACCAGUGGCCGUUUGGUCAAAGGGAUCUAAAGGACAGUUUUUACCUCCCCAUGUAGGUAUACCGAUUGGAGGAGCAUCUGGAGCUAGAUAUUAUAUGCUAGAAAUACAUUAUGAUAAUCCAAAUGGAGAAAGAUUUGUGGAUCAUUCUGGUUUUCGAAUACAAUACUCGAAAAGUCUGCGAGCUUUCGACGCAGGCGUAUUAAUAAGUGGUGUUUCAAUUUCUGAGACUCUAUUUAUUCCACCUGGUCAAUCAGUAUAUCGAAGCGUUGGGAUUUGUGGACCUUCCUGCUCAAGCAGGAUGUUUCCAAAGGAUGGCAUAAAAAUAAUUUCUGGAACGUUCCAUUCGCAUCAAGCUGGGCGCAAAAUGAUUCUUCGACAUGUUCGUUCAGGGAAAGAGUUGAAGCGGAUCAUUGUAGACGAAAACUAUGAUAGCAGACACCAGCAAGUUCAUCAACUAGCUCACGAAACAGUAGUAUUACCUGGAGAUUACCUUAUUACAGACUGUUCAUAUGAAACACAGCACAGAAAGCAACCAACAUUUGGAGGAUAUUCUACCAAAGAGGAAAUGUGCCUAAUCUUUAUUACUUAUUACCCAAAGAUCGAUCUUUCUGGAUGCUACAGUAUGACACCAGUGCGCGAAUUUUUUGAAAUGUUUGGAGUUAACCAAUUCUAUUUAUUAAAUAUGACGGAUGUUGAGAACUUAUUCCUUUAUAAUGGAGAUGAUAUACAGUAUAUAACCCAUAAAAUGAGUGCAAACGCAAAAUCAAAGUACUGGAACAGUACUGAGGACAUCACUUACCAAGGGUCUUUACUAAACAAACUUAUUAUAUCUGAACCUUUUGAAUUUAAAAAUCGCACAUUUUUAUCACAUUUAAAACAGCUGCCUUGGCAUGACCCAUUACUUACAAAAAGUGUUCAACACAAAUUUAUAACUGGUAAACAUAUGACUUUUUGUAGUGCUUCAAAUGAUUCCAUAUCAAUUGCUUCAGAAAUUAUUCAGUUCCCUAGUUUUAUUGAAUUUGUUAAGCCAGCUUCGGCCUGUCCACACAACCUUUUUACAAAAAAUGAUCAACUGCUUUCGAGAGGCUCAAAACAUUUUACUGAUUUUAAUUUAAGUAUACUUUUAAUUCAAAUUGGUUUGGAAAUUACUGUUAUGAAAAAAAAUAGCUUUUAAUAUUGUAAACAACAAAAUAAAAGGGGAGAUUUUGUGAAAAAACAUAGCUAGAAAUAUCCAAAAAACAAACAACUCUUGAAAGUUUACAAAUAUACUUGAACUUAAUAAAAUUAA